CCUACCACAGCACACAGUCAACCGUACUGUGAUGAAUUUUAAUCCAUAUGGUGCCGCAAAUAUUCUGGACGGGAGCCAUCAUGGGAAGAAGAAGGUGCAGAUACGCAUGCGAGUUGGAAGCGGACGGUCAAUGCUGCAAGCCUUGGAGCGCUCCGAGGCAUUCAAAGAAAAGGAAGACAGCUACCAGGCAGGCGUGCAGGACAGCCGUUCUCAUGCACCAACUUUUCGACGCCGUUGCAGCUUGGCUCGGGUUCUCUGGCCACUGUAUCCACUACUAGACUACAUACUGAGUACUGUCCACCUGACACCUUUGCAGCUUUUGUGCCUCGAACGAUUCUCUGGGCUGGGUUGCUGCGCAGCGUUCCACCACCACCACCCUCCUGGGGCAUUGAGCAUAGCCACCAAACUGGCAAACCACCCGAUGAAAGCUGGACAGGCUGGUUGGACAAUGAUCGAAACACAUCGAACAAAGUCGAUGCCAUGGCUGCCCAGCUGGGGCAAAGGCUUGAAGAAGACGGUGGCGUGUCGAUGAAGUUCAUGACAGGGGCCCUAAGCAAAGUAAUCAAGGUAUCGAGGUAUCAGCGUAACCUAGCGUAAUCUAUUUCUAUUUUCGAGCCCC